AUGUCUCAACAAUCCAACUCAUCUUCUUCCAAGAACAUGUCUGGUUCUCCUAGCGUUGAACCAAGCAACCCUAACAAAGAAGAUCCUGUUGCUGACUCUGCGAAUACCCCACAUGCAAGAAGACCUAAAGAAACUGUAUCAGGCUUCUCCUCAACCAUCGCUCUUGAGGAACGAACCAAAGAAGGUUCCAGGUAUGUUCACAAUGCCAUUGCCACUAUGGUGACUGGAAUACUGUCUGGAAAUCAUAAGUUCCUUGGGGUUUCCAUUCCCUUAAACACUAUUGAACCUGAUAGUGUUGCUUAUCAAGAAAAUACUGAGUCUUUAGGAAAGAAUAUCUCUGAUGAUGUUGAGCAAACGGAUGCUCAUAAGGAGUCAAAUGUUGACAAACCCUUAGAUAAUGUGGCUGGUGAGGAAGUUCAUGUCACUCAUGAUGUCAGUGACAACCCUAACUGUGAGGCUAAAACAGUAGACCUGGAGGAAUUUUCUGAUAAUGAGCUGUUGUCCUCAGUCCUCCCUAGCAUAGCCAAAAGUGUUAGGACUAGGAGAGAAAAGAAAACUGUGGCUCAAAGGUCCCCCAGAAAGAAGAUUGAUGUUCCAACCUCUUCCAAGACAAAGGUGGCAAUCGAGAGUUCCCUCAAGAGGAAAAGUUGGAAAUAUGUUUAUCAAAAGAGGCUGGCUUUGGAAAGGGAAUUAGCUCAGAAUGUCCUAGACUGUAAGGAUAUUAUGGACCUUAUUCAAGAUACUGGUUUAAUGAAGACUGUGACUCAGUUCUCAAAGUGCUAUGAGAUAUUGGUAAAGGAAUUUAUUGUUAAUUUGUCUGAAGAAUGUGCUGAUGGCAAGUCUAAGGAAUUCAGGAAAGUGUAUGUGAGAGGCAAGUGUGUAAAUUUCUCUCCCUCAGUGAUCAACAAGUACUUGGGAAGGCCUGAUGUAGCUCAACCUGAGCUUGAGAUUGGAGCUGCUAAUUGGGUUCCCACCAAUCAUAAAUCUACAGUUGUUGUAAUGCUUGGAAAGUUUAUAUAUGCUGUUGGAACCAAAGCCAAUUUUGACUAUGGCUCCUAUAUUUUUGAUCAAACUUUGAAGCAUGCAGGAAGCUUCAGUGUGAAGGGUCAUAUAGCCUUUCCUUCUCUCAUCUAUGGUAUUGUUUUGAACCAGUUUCCAAACAUUUUAACAGAGAAUGAUUAUGUGAAGAAAAGAGACAGCCCUAUGUCCUUCAAUCAUAAGUUGUUCCUAGGUACCCAUGUCCCUGACAUUGUCAUGGCAACAGGUGAGACAUCACGUGUAAGCAAUCAGCCAGGUAAAGUUGUUGUCAUUGCAAUGCUCAAAGAAACUUGCAGGGAGUUAGAGGCAAGGAAGUUGAACUUGGAAAAAUUGAUUAGCACUUUGGAGAUGACUGAAGGUGAUGUGCUUGGUGAAGCUGUUGCUAAUGCAGAAGAAGCUGAAAGACAAGGUGAAGAGGGAGAAGCAGAUGCCAGUUUUGAUGAUGGCACAGAUAAUGAUGCUGACUCUGAGUCAGAUGACUAG